AUGAUGAUCACAUCCUUCAGACUCGUCGCUCUAGCCCUCGCGGUAUGCCCUGGCCUGGCUAUUCCGCCUCCAGAGUUUGGAUUUGUGGAUAGCGGCAACCACACCGAACUCAGCGUGGCUUUCACCUUCGAUGGGAACACGACUGUGGUUCAAGAGGGCCAACUCUUUGGAGGAAACAUCACUAGCCAACAGCCGGCGCUGGCCGUAAAUCCGGCUGCAUACCAGUCCGUCGCGGACUACAAUGGCAACUAUGUCAUCCUCAUGGUGGACCCAGACGCGCCCUCGCCAGAUAACCCCACCAGUCGCUUCAUCCUGCACUGGCUGGCCGCAAACGUGACCCAAGGCACCGAGGCGCAGGCGCCUCUAACCGGCCAACGCGCCCUCACGAACAACACACCAGCCCUGGUCCCCUACCGCCCGCCCAUGCCCCCCACCAACUCCAGCGCGCACCGCUACAUCAUCUACGCCUUCGCGCAGCCCGACAACUUCGCCAUCCCGCAGUCGUUCAGCGGCUUCAGCGACCAGAACCGCUCCAUGUUCAGCCUCGACCGCUUCAUCUCCGAGGCCCGGCUCGACCGCCCCGCGGCCGGCGAGUUCUGGUACGUGAGCCGCGAGCCGGAGGUCCCGGGGACCUUUGUCGCGCUCGCUGGGGGCGCGUACCCCGGUGGCAACGGCGCUGCCGUCUUCUCGUCGGGCUCGGCUAGCACGACGGCCACGGCGACUUCGUCUGCGGAUGGUACCUCGAGCACGGGGGGCACAGACAGUACGGGGACGUCAGAUGCGAACAUGGUCGCAGUGGCUUCGUUCUCGGGUCUCCUAACUUGGGUCGUCGGUGCUGGAGGGCUUCUGGGCUUGGCUUUGCUUCUUUGA